CCAGCCGGCCAGCCUGCCUGCCUGCCUGCCUGCCGGGCCGGCGGCAGCGGCGGGCUCGAGGCCGCCCCGAUGCCCGAGCCAGGCCCCAGGAUGAACGGCUUCUCGCUGGGCGAGCUGUGCUGGCUGUUCUGCUGCCCGCCCUGCCCGAGCCGCAUCGCCGCUAAGCUGGCCUUCCUGCCGCCGGAGCCCACCUACACGGUGCUGGCGCCCGAGCAGCGCGGCCCCGGCGCGCCCUCCCCGGCCCCGGCCGCCGCCGCCACGGCCGCGGCCCAGCCGGCACCGCAGCAGCCCGAGGAGGGCGCGGGCGCGGGGCCCGGCGCGUGCAGCCUGCACCUGAGCGAGCGCGCCGACUGGCAGUACUCGCAGCGCGAGCUGGACGCCGUCGAGGUCUUCUUCUCGCGCACGGCCCGGGACAACCGGCUCGGCUGCAUGUUCGUGCGCUGCGCGCCCUCCAGCCGCUACACGCUGCUCUUCUCUCACGGCAACGCGGUGGACCUGGGCCAGAUGUGCAGCUUCUACAUCGGCCUUGGCUCGCGCAUCAACUGCAACAUCUUCUCCUACGACUACUCGGGCUACGGCGUCAGCUCGGGCAAGCCCUCCGAGAAGAACCUCUACGCUGACAUCGACGCCGCGUGGCAGGCGCUGCGCACCCGGUACGGCGUAAGUCCGGAGAACAUCAUCCUGUACGGGCAGAGCAUCGGGACCGUGCCCACGGUAGACUUGGCCUCCAGGUACGAGUGUGCAGCCGUGAUUCUCCAUUCGCCUCUCAUGUCUGGGUUGCGCGUGGCUUUUCCGGAUACCAGGAAAACGUACUGCUUUGAUGCUUUUCCCAGCAUCGACAAGAUCUCUAAAGUCACCUCUCCCGUGCUGGUCAUCCACGGGACGGAGGACGAGGUCAUCGAUUUCUCCCACGGCCUGGCGAUGUACGAGCGCUGUCCGCGGGCCGUGGAGCCCCUCUGGGUCGAGGGGGCCGGGCAUAACGACAUAGAGCUUUACGCACAAUACCUAGAAAGACUAAAGCAGUUCAUAUCUCACGAACUUCCCAACUCCUGAAGACCACUUGAUUUUACCUCAUUACCGUGAACACAGGAGUCCUCUGUUUUGCACAUGCUUUAACUGGAUAGCGGUCAUGGCGUGAUAACCACGAGGAAGUGCUCAGCUUUCAGGGCGUCCUAAUCAAAGAGCUGAGGAAUUCUCAGUCUUUCAUACCUAGAGGUUCUGCUAACUCACACAUCAUGUUAAACUGAACAGUCUGAUUCCCAGCUUCAUGGCCUUGCAGAAUGGGAAUGAGAGCUGAGCGGGGGGACCGUUUCCUUGUGCUCUAUAAAGGAUGCUCAUAUCUGUCUACCUUGCCCAUCACUUAGGAUUCAUGUAUGCAGGACUCCACCCUCUCUCCACCAGUGUUCUCAGUAUUUGACCUGCAGCUCUCUUUCAGCCACUGGAUUUGUGAGUUCAAUCCAUUUGUGAAGCUGUGAUAGUGUAACUGGAAAACAAUUGUGAUGAAAAUUCCUUUGUUAAUCUUUGUUAAUUUUUUUUGCUGGUCUUUCCCCCAAACAAAUCAGUUAAAGGGUAGUUUACUGGAACUAUCAUGAAUAGCUUCAUCAACUGGAACCAUAUAAAUAUAACUGGAAUAUUCUUAAACAAAAGGAAACUGGGGUUUUUUUUAAGUGUAAAUUUAUUACCAGUCCCCACAGAGUUUUAAUAUUUUGAUUGUCUGGUUGGUCUAACAAAGAGCCUAGCCGACUUUCCUUCUGUAAAGUCCUCCUUGUAGGCUUUUUUAAAGUACUGUACAUAUUUGCAAUUACAUUGUGCAUAGAUUCUUAAUGGGCAGUUUUCUUUUGUCAGGCUCCAACAAACUGCAGAUUUCCUUGUUUGUAUUGUAAAUGAUUGAAUACAUUUUGUUAAUCUGUUUUUAUUCCUAUGUUUUGCUAUUAAAAAAUUUUAUAACAUUUCCAAGACAAAAGAAAAUUACAAGUUUAUGCUUUGAAGAACUUAUGUAAUUAAAAUUUCACGAAACUAAUCUUUUAGUUGAGGAAUUCUUUGGGUUUUGACACUGGAGUUGCGCCGAAUAAGCAGCGGAAAUGUAAGAUGCUUCAACUUGCUACACUGCUUGUAUUGGUUGGGGGUUUGGGUUUGGGGGUUCUUUGGUUUUAUUUUCUUUUUUAAGUUUUUUUCCCCCCCAAAUUUAAAAGCCUUAAAUGUACUGUCAGCCUCAGAUUGUUGUACAGCUGGGUUGCGGUUGAUUGCCAGUUUGUGUUCUGUUGCUUGGAUGCAGCACAGUGGUUGGCCACGGAAUAAAGGAUGCAUGGAUCAGAA